AUGUGCACCGAAGAAGUCUACAACUAUGAAUGCCCCAAAUGCGGCAGAGAUCACAGAGCAGACAGAGAUUACAAGAUGUGCAGUACGGGUCGCAGGAAAAACAAAUGGGGCGCCUGCGGAAAGUCUUCGGUGGAGCGGCAUAAUCGUAUAGAGACUUGCCCGACUUGUAUCGCGAAGGCGAAGAAGCGAAGUUAG